UUAUGUAGAAGAGGUGAAUGAAAUAGAAAGGUGUGGUAGUAUGCAUGAGUUGAGUUGAGUAAGAGCGACGUGGAUCUAAGAGUGGAGGCUUGGCGCGUGAAGGUGGAUUGUUGGUUGGGUCGUGUUUGCAAAAAGCGCUGAAAGAAGAAUAAUAGAAUCGGGAUAACACUAGAGAGAGAAUGUGUGUGUGUUAUGUGUGUUAUUAUUAACUAACUACAUCCACACCUCUUCACCUUACAAUUCAAACAUUACUUACUAUCCAUCAAGCAGAAGAAUCGCUUAACAAAUUGAGAAUCCAUAUGAGGAAUCCUUCGUCAACAGAAACAAAUUCAAGUAAGAAGAAGAAGAAGAAGAAUAGUACCAACACCACAACAACAACAACUACUACAACACCAUGUUGCAGCAAAGUAGGGUUAAAGAGAGGACCAUGGACAUCAGAAGAAGACGAGAUAUUAUCACAAUACAUCAACAAAGAAGGUGAAGGUCGUUGGAGAACUCUCCCUAAAAGAGCCGGACUUCUCCGUUGCGGUAAAAGCUGUCGUCUCCGUUGGAUGAAUUAUCUUCGUCCGUCCGUCAAACGCGGUCAGAUCGCUCCCGAUGAAGAAGAUCUCAUCCUCCGCCUCCACCGUCUUCUCGGCAACAGGUGGUCAUUGAUAGCUGGGAGAAUUCCAGGAAGAACUGAUAAUGAAAUUAAAAACUAUUGGAACACACAUCUCAGCAAGAAACUCAUCAGUCAAGGGAUUGAUCCAAGAACACAUAAGCCUCUUGAUAAUCCUUCUUCAUCUUCUUCUUCCAAACCUUCUCCUUCGUUAAUCGUACCAAAUAUUAUUAAUAAUCACCAAAUUACCACUCCUAAUUUUACAUCUUCUACUCCUCCUCAUCAGCAUCAUCAACUUAUUGCUACUAACAAAGAAUCUCAAACUUGCCGUAAUGAUGAUCAAAUAUUGUGUCAAUAUCAUGAUUAUUAUCCCGAUCAACUGGUUAAUAAUAAUUAUAGUGAUGAUAUGCUUAUAACCACUUCGAACAACAACUCCACUAUGAAUAUGAAUAAUAAUGAUGAUGUAUUUAGUUCUUUUCUUGAUUCUUUGAUCAACGAAGAGGCUUUUGCUGCACAUCGUAACGUUCUUCUUCAACCUGAGAAUGAUCCUUUGAUCUCAUCUGCACCAACACCAGCUUUGUGGGGAUCUCCACUCAUGUCUUCUAAUUUCAUCCAAAAUGAUAACUCACCCAACCAAGAUCAAGGAGCUUCAUCAUGCAUAUAGCUUCUCCAUUUCUCACAGUAAUAAUCUUGGAUUCAGUCUCAAAUAUAAACAAAAGUAAAAUCAAAGAAAAUUGAUGUAUCUAAUUCAAAAUUUGGAUUAAAUACACAAAUUUUAUUUGACCAUACUUUUAUAUAUAUACCCCAUGGAUCUUCAACAUCUUACUUCAUAAAAUCAUGUUCUUAAAUAGUUAAUUACCACUUGGCUGGGAUUUAAUCUUAUAUAUAUAUAGUAUGUGUGUAUUGUAUUCCUAUCUAAAUUCUAUACUUUAAUCGUGGAUAUGUACGUAUCUUGAAUAUUUGGAAUUGUAAUCUUAUGCAUGGCUGCAUCUUGCAGCUUGAUCUUGUUGUUAUAAAUUUUAUAUAUACAAACCAAUUAGUAUUUUCUUAUUUAUGAUAAUUGUUUUUUCAAUUUA